GCCGCGGAACGUCGGGCCUGUACUACUCUGAAAGACGAUUGGCUGGAGCAAGUUAGAAUUAUUGGCACUCAGCAUCCCGCGGCUAACUCUGCCAGCAACACGUUUCCCAGAGAGUACACAAUGGCUGCAAAACAGACUUUGCCGUUGGAUGUCUGGGCGACAGUGGCCUCAUUGACAAUGUGGAACUGGUGAGAGCCUCACGCAUGGUGCCUGUCAUAGGCGGCGAAGGAUUGAAAGUUUGAACUGCCUGUCACCGUUUGAUAACGUUUGUUUUGUACAAAUAUUUAUUAGGCGAUGGAUGUGUCCAGUCGAUUGGGCCCCUUUUCUGGUCCCAGUGACGUCGACUCGUCCUCGUUAGGUGCGCUCACUUCCUGAUACUAAUCUCUGCAUUCCACUCGCCACUCUAAAAUAAUCACCCCAGACUUGACCAGACGUGUCGCCGGGCUGCCCGGUUUACCGAUCUACCUUCUUUCAAAAGUAAAACCUUGCUUCUCAGUAUGGAUGUGUUCAUCCAGCAACAUAUAUACGUGGGAGUCGCGUCGUCAUCACUUUAAUCCGCUCUAUUAACUCUGACCGCUAUGAGUUCACCUACAAAUAAUACUCGGCCCUCGUCUCGCCCAUCUUCACCCGCAAUCGUGAGCGGGAUCGCCAACAUGGAGGUGGAACUUCAAUAUCCCAGCGAGCCUUCGGUUGAGCCUUUACACGAGCUCACUGUCGAGGCCACCCCGCGACCUGAGCUAAAGCUCAUUACCACCACUGUACCCACAGCUCCAAACUCGCCCAGAAGUCAAAGUCCUCAAUCACCAACUUCAACUUGUUCUUCAGCCUCACUGCUUACGCCCUCUACGUCCUACUCCUUUGACUCGCCAGUUUAUCCCCUAUCAGGCUCGCUCAAAUUGUCUGUCAAACCUCGCUCACCUUUCUCUUCUGGCCCAAUACGCCCGCCUCCUCCUCCGCUCCCUUACCCUAUAGUUAGCAAGGUUGUUUCGACCUCGUCGGCGCUCCGCCCUGAUCCCCACUUCGCGUUCCCACCCAAAUUAAACGCGUCCGGAUUGCGAAACAAGCGGUCAAUCUCCCCUACUGUCUCGCAGUCUUCCGAUGGCGCUGGGCCUAGCAGUUCUACCAUCACGAUGGGACGUAUGACACUCACUCAUCCGUACGCGAGAUUGCAGGCAAAAAACGAUGCCUCCGGUUCGACAAAACGUCGUAAGAUGUGGAACCACGCAUUGGAGAAGUCUAUCUUCACGCCCCAGGAACUGUCUAACAUGAGCGCGCCCAAUCGCCGUACAAUCUACACGGCUACGCUCGAAAACCACGUUGAGCAGUUGCACCAACAGCUCCUCGACGCUCAGCUGUACCCAAUUCCGAUUGAGGAACUCGAACAGUAUCGAGGGUUGAACUCGAAAACGGCAAAGAGCAUGGUAGCAGGUCUGCAAAAGGAUUAUUCUGACCUUCAAUUGAAGAAGUUGGAAUUGGAGCGUGCGAACAACGCCCUGCGAACUUGCCUCAUGGACCACGGCGUACCCAUCAACCUUCCCGUUCAUCCUGCUUCCCAAAACAGUGCUGUCGCUCGCCGUCAUUCCGUUGAUACUAGCCCUGCCCUUCCCGGUCAUUAUCAGAACUUCUUCGCACCCAAGUAGUCUUUUCGCUUUCGCCCUCGUUUUCGUUCUUGUUUCCGUAGCAGCAUUUAGGUCCAACGCAUAAUAAUCAUGUACAGAAUGUUUUAGUGUAUAAUCACGCGAUCAUAAUCAUCAGUUUCCUGCAUUUGCAUGUAUUCAACUUCUUCUACUUUAUCAAAAAGAAGACCGUGCAGUGACAU